CUUCGCGUCCUUUGCGAAACCCGAAAAAUAGAACAACGAUGAGCUCCUCCGCCACCCCGCCGAUACUCCAAAGAAACCGAUAGAGCUGCACCCGUCCUUUAUCCAUUUUUUUUUUUUUUUUGCGACCGAGGCCGCGGCAAUGGCCCUCUCGCUUUCCCCGGCCAAGCUCGUGCUCCUGGCCGUGCACUACGCCGUCCACGGUGACGUCGACAGCCUGACCGCUCUCGCCGCCCGCCACGGCGCCGUCUUGAAGAAGGACCUGCUGCUGCGCAUCCUGCUCACAUACCUACCCGAGACGCUCCCCUCCAGCCGCUACACCGAUUUUGUCCGCCAGCUCGACGAGCGCGGCCUGUUUCCGGACACGGUCCCCGUCGAGGUCGACUGCAGCCCCGUCGAGCAUCUUGCCGAGGACGAUGCGGUGAAGAAGGUCAGGAGGCUCCGAUUGCUUCCUCUGGCGCUCCCGGACGCUCCCGAGAGCGCUCCCGAGGAUGCGCUCACGCUGUUCCUGCUGCGCCGGUCGUACAAGGUGGACGAGGAGGCCGGCUUGCUCGACGAGCUCCCAGCGCUGCUGCUGCCUUUCAUGGACCACUCGCCAUGCGUCCGUACGCUGCUGGUUUCCACAAUCCUGCCACUAUUGAGGAGGAACUGCGAAUACUACCCCCAGGAGCCGAUCCCGUUCACCCUUCAAGGCUUCCAGCACCUGCCAGACCGUGUGGCCGUGAGCUCGCUCCUCUCGCGGUCUGGCAGCCACGACGCCGACAUUUCCCUGGUUGGCCGGGACCUGAGGGGGUUGGUUGGCCCGUGGUUGUCCGGGGAGAAGAGGUGGAAGCAAGGGACACAAGGGACACAUGGUGCCGACUCAUCGAGGAGCGCAGCCGAGGCGGACGACGAUCUCUGCCCCGGGUGGGACGAGGUCCUCCGCUGGCUUAUGACGAAGGCGUCGAAGAGCUGGAGAGUCGCCGUCAGCGCGAUUCAGCAAUGGGAUGGCCCGGGAGAUGCGGACCUUGGUGGCUGGGGCUCCGUCGAGUUCAGCGAUAGCCAACGAGAAUACUUGGAGGAGAGCUAUGCCCGGGCGGCACUAGCAUCCGCCUAUCUAAUCCCGGAAGCAUCCCUGGAGGCUCUGGACGGCGCCUACACCAUCGCUGCCAGGGUUGCUAACCUCCGUGCCCUCGAUCCCGUCUCGCCUCUCGCCUCAGCCCUCGCCGUGUUGCCACCACUUACAGAACAGAUUUCCGACGACAUCUUGUCCCUCAAGAACACGGCCCAGAUGCGCAACGACCUGCUUUCUCCGUCCAACCCGUUAACGUCACCAACCGACUCCUCCCUGGCUUUUCUGCAGGCCCUCGCUCUAAGCGCUCAUAUCCUCACCAAAGCUGGCUGUCCCUGCACGAUACGGAGAGCCGGCGAGCUCGCGCUGCUCCGGGACGAGAGAGAGCAAAAGGCCGAAGCAGGCAAGCUUAUCUACGCUAUCAGUAGCACCGGGCCCAAGACGGACGAUAGGUUCUGGAUAAAGGCCAGGAAUGAGAUCCUGUGGCUCCGAGACUGGGGCGCGGAGGAUGGCUGGUCCCCUGAGGAAGCCGCCUGCGGCGUCUUCGGCCAGGUCAAGAAGGACUUCUUGGAGGUUGAGAUUCUGAAGGCACUACUCUCCAAUACUCGAUACACGCUCGCGCGGUCAAUAUAUGAAGACGCACCGGACCAACCCCUGGACCGGGGCCUCUUGCAAGACACCAUAUACGCGACUGCAAUGACUGCUUACGACAACGCCUCCAAUCCCAAUCGCACUCGCGGCGGGCUCAAGAAGUGCGAUGAGAUAAUUAAAGCAUUUCCUAAGACUAUCCAGCAAUCCGACCCUCGAGCAAAGCGGAUCGAGGCCCUCCUCCAAGCUACCCACUCUCUAAGCGGCUACCGCCUUGUCCUCAAACAAGGCGAGCCUUUCACUCCCGUCGUGCUCCGCGUUCAUGACGAUCCUGUCUCCAUCAUCUCCAAGAUUCUCGAGCAGAACCCAAGAAGCUAUACCCAACUCCAUGAUCUCCUCACCCUUGGCACCCACAUGGUCGACGCUGGGCUCACCACCAAAACGCCCCUGACGUCGGAAAAGGACGUUGCCCGCCACCGCCUCUCGACCGAGCGUCGCAUCACAGCCAUGUGCAUCAACGCGGCCCUUGCAGAAGACGACUUUGAGACCGCCUAUUCCUACGUCGUCAACCGCAUCGCCCCCGCAACUACCCCGAACAGCAGCAGCAGCAGUAGUAGUAAUAACGCGACAUGGGGCGACGACUAUUCUUGGAAAGCCGCCCUCCAGGCAGGCAAGUAUCGCCGCGGCCACAGCAGCAGCAGCAGCACCACCACCACCACCACCACCCACCACCAGCGAACGCUCCCAAGCGGCGUAGGCAGCGGCGGCGGUCUCUUCAGCAGCGCCAACGCCGACGUGCGCCACCUCGAGCAGCGCAUCGAGUGCCUCGCCACCGCCCUCCGCGUCGCGCCCCCGCACACCCUGCAGGAGAUCGUCAACGCGUUCCGCCGCGCCGAGGAGGAGCUCGACGUCCUGGUACGCGAGGAGCAGGAGAGGGAGGACGAGUGGGACGCCCGCGGCGACCAACUCGGCAGCGGCGCCACCACCACCACCACCACCACCCUGCCGGGCCUGUUCGGUCGCCCCUCCCCCGCCUCCGCCGCCGGCGCCGGCGCGGGUCGUGCCGGCCAUCACCUGGAGGCGAAGCGUAGUCGGCCGAGCAGGACCGCCGCCGCCGCCGCCGCCGCCGCCGGGGACGAGGAUGCCGCGCCCAUGUCGCUGUUCGACCUGAGCCGCGCCAGCGUGCUGUCGGCCCAGCGGAACCUGUCGGCGCUGUCGGCCCUGCACCGGUCAACCGGCCUCGGAGCGCGCUUGGCCAGCGUCGGGAGCGGUCUAGGCGGCGGAAGAAGAGGAGGAGGAGGAGGAGGGGGCGGAGGAGGAGCAGGGAGAAAAGCGAGCGAGGGCAGGGGGGAUGGUGCUAGUGAUGCCGGUGAUGGGAGGAGUAGCAUGGACAUGCCGCCGCUCUCGGCCACGGGGUCGACCACCUCGGCGGGGAGCGCCGACGAGGAGAAGAGGGUGCGCAAGAGAGAUCAGCUGAGGGAGGCGGCCAUGGGGACACUGGUGUCGGGGGUCGGGUGGCUGGUAGGGGCGCCGCCGCCCUCGCAGUUGAGAGAUUAAGUUGUGUUGUGUGUAUCAGACACGGUGUGUGUGCUUCUGAUGCAGCAGUGGACAGGUCGUAUAGGACCAAGCUCUGCCUGCCUACGCAAUAUAUACCCCUCGAUGGCAAUGCAUAAUAAGACUUAAAUGUCUUCUUCUUUC